AUGCCUGCCUACCAUUCUAAUUUUGUUGGGGAAGACGCGGAUGCCAGAAAGAUCGGUAAUUUCCCACUUCUUUCUUUCAGAACCAACUACAAGGGCCCUUCCUAUCCUACAACUCAAGAAUAUGAUAUAAUAGAUGAAGUGUUGGAUUUGUUCCGCCCAAACUCCUUCUUCAAGAACUUUGAGGUCAAAGGUGGUGCCGACAGAUCACUUAUCUACGGGAUCUUAUAUACUUCGCAAGCCUUGAACGAAAUCAACAAAACUACCUCUCAAGCAUCAGCGAUAAAGGCUCUUAAUAACUUGGCAUUGGAAGAUUUUAGUUUACCAGGUGAUCCAUCAUUUCCACUAAACAAUGUAUUCACUUCUCCGAAAGACCGCGUGGAAUAUAACUUAUUGAAAUCCUAUUUGAACCAGUUCAGACAAGAAUUGAGUGCUAGACUAAUAGCAAAACUAUAUCAAAAUGACAUCCAUAAUCCAGACAAGUUUUGGUUGGCUUUAUCAAAGAGAAAGUUUAUGAACAAAUCUUUAUAA